AUGUCGGCACAUUUGCGAAAGCGUCAUAGCAAAUCUUCCACCACGCGAAAUUCGAGAUAUCAUAUACAAGUAUCUAGUCCAACCCCGCGGCGUAGUUCGCGUAAGCGCGGUGCGAGGCGAAGUGUACCAUCUCGACAAGAAGCAGCAACUGCGCAUCAGUCGGAAUCAUCAUACCUUUCAAGUGGACUGCGUCGGUGA